ACAGGUUUCAGCAUCAAUCUGCACGUCGGGCAAAACUGGCAUAAUACUGAACGACCCGCGUUUAUGACUGGCUUUAGGAGGUGCUCCGUGAUAAGAACUGUCACUAUAUUUGUCAUUUUGGAAUUUAGAGGUUAGUGGAGUUUGCAAAAUACUAGUAUUUACAAAUCAUUAUAUCGGUAUCUUUUAAAUACUAACAAGAACACUUUUAGGUGAGCAAAAUAUUGCUGGUCAUCCAUAAGUCUUUCACAGUACCCUCUACAAUGAACGAUACACCAACAGUCACACCAAUUUCUCCAUGGCUCAAAUCUCCACUAACUGACCUCACACAGGCCAUGGUAAGUCACCAAUGGUAUGGUGCCUGUGCAGAUAUGGAAAUGAAAGCACUGGACUGCUUAGAAGCGUAUGGCUUAGACCGUGGGUUGACAAGAUGUGAAACUCUCAUCAAGGAUUUUCAAGAAUGUGCCCAAAAGAAUAAGCAGUACAAGAGGAUAACCGCAAUGAGGCUGGAAAGACAUAGGCAGGUCUUUGCUGGGGAAAGAAGCAAAGCUGAAAGAUAUGCUCCAGGACCACCACAUGACAGUUACUAACUGUAGUUUUUAUAUAUUUGUAGUUAUGGUUCAGUCCCAAAUAAAUAGUUUACAAAUUAUUAGUUGUUUAGUAUUACCUAAAAGAUUGG